CCUACUCUUCCCUUUUCCCCUUCUCUCCUCUCCCCCUCCCAGAAAGCGGUUUUCCGGCCAUGUUGUCCACAUCCCCCGCCGUCCUCUUCUCCGACUCCUCCCAGUUCCCCCCUUUUGCCGGCGGUUUUCCCCCUUGGGUUUCCCAUGAACCUCCGUUCCUCUUUCACCCACCUCUCCAAGACCAAGAACCGGUCAGUUCUAACAACUCCGGUUCGGAAACAUCCAAGCCCCCACCCGCGAUUCCCAACUCCAGUUCGGAUGAACCCAAUCCUAAACCCUUAGGCUCCAUCAUAGAUGAGCGGAAACGUAGGCGCAUGAUAUCGAACCGGGAAUCGGCACGUCGUUCCCGCAUGCGAAAACAAAAGCAUUUGGAGAACUUGAGGACCCAAUUGAACCGGCUGAGGACCGUAAACGGGGAGCUAACCAACCGUGUUCGAUGGGUGGUGCAUCAAGACCAGUUGGUCCGCCGUCAAAAUGAGCACCUCCGGUCGGAGGCGGUGGUGCUCCGGCAAAGACUGUGGGACAUACGCCAAGUGUUGCUCGUCCGGCAGCUUCAUCAGCAGCUGAAUCCGUCGCCUGCAUGGCCAUGCAAUAACUUUACGUCUACUAAUGAAGGACAAUUAAUUACGCACCAGUCCUUAAUUACGUGACUUAAUUAAUCACUAAAAUUAGGUAAUCGAGAAUUGUUGAAUGUAAUUAAAUUAGAGGAAGAAAUUAGGAAGGAAUUUUGGGGUUGAUUUUAAAGGAAUGGGUUGUGAAAUUAUUGUAAUUAAGGAGUCUUAAUUAAAGUAUGAUUGGCUUUGCUUAAUUAUUUUUAUAUAAUUAAUUGAAAGCCUUCAAA